CUAAGGAAGAAGGGCUUCUGCUGACGACGCCUCAGUACUGGAACGACUGGCGGUGGGAAUAUGUUUCCCGGAGUCGUAGCUGGUAAGCCUGCUUAAAGUCUUGCGAGCGAAUUUUGAGAACAUCUGAUCUAAUCACAUGACUAGCUCCCUUCGCAAUGGUGAAGCUUGGACCGGACGUUUCGAGUGGCACGGAGGACCCUUAUUCCGGAUAUCUUCCAGACGGUGCAUUUACUGGUUUCAGUAUGAUGCAUGAGUCUGGCACAGGCGGUGCGCCAAAGUAUGGAGUUGUUUCGCAGAUGCCAGUUGUGGGAAACGUGACCAAUCCACUCGCCAACCUUUCCACCGGUAGAUCGUCUGCAGAUGAAGGAUCUGUUGGGUACUACAAAGCCUCUUUGGCAAGUGGUGUGAUCGUUGAGCUUGCCGCUACAGAACAUGCUGGACUUUACGAGUACUCGUUUCCGGACGGCAACUCUUCGUCUAUCGUUAUUGAUGUAUCGCACGUUCUGCCUUCGUACAGAGGAAAGGGGUGGAGCCAGAGUUACUCGAACGGAAGCUUUAGCAUAUGGGAAGACAAUCAUUACGAAGGCUCAGGAACAUACAACGGUGGUUGGAACCUAGCACCCGACUGGACUAUAUACUUCUGUGGCAAGUUCGACGCUGAACCCGUCUCUGCGAAGACUUUUACUGGCACUGGAACGACGCUAGACUCAUAUGAUAGUGAGCCUGGAGUUUGGACUUCUGGGAGCUACAGACAAGGCGGUGUUUUCACCUUCGAAGAAAAAAACGUGAAGUCAAGAGUUGGAAUAUCAUUUAUAUCUUACCGGAAAGCCUGUGUCAACCUCCACGACGAGAUCCCAUCAGAUACAUCACUGCAAACACUCGUGAACAGCGCCAAGAGUAAAUGGAAUGCGGAGAUAUUUGGCAAGAUCACGACAUCAUCCACCAAAACUUCCGACCUGGCACUCCUGUACACGAAUCUUUACGGCAUGAACCUGAUCCCGUCAAACAGAACCGACGAGAAUCCUGACUGGGUUUCCAAUGAACCCUACUACGAUGAUAUUUUCACGUUCUGGGACCUCUUCCGGUGCUCAACCGCCUUGACACAUAUAAUACAACCGGUCGCCUACGAAGAGCAACUCCGGUCUAUCAUUGACGUAUGGAGGCAUGAAGGGUUCCUUCCCGAUGCCCGAUCUUCAAAUUUCAACGGACGCACCCAAGGCGGCUCAAAUGCCGACAAUGUGCUAGCAGAUGCGUACGUCAAAGGGGUUCGAGGAUCGAUAGACUGGCAAGACGGGUAUUCCGCCAUGGUACGAGACGCCGAGAAGGUGCCUGUAAACAACCACGACCCCGUCUCCCCAGACUCAUCGGACAAAGAAGGCCGAGGAGCCCUACCAGACUGGAUCAAUUACGGCUACAUCACGCCGACAUACAACCGCGCUGUUUCCCGAGCAGUGGAGUAUUCGGCUAACGACUUCGGUCUCUACCAAGUUGCCAAAGGCCUAGGUGAAAGAUCAGAUGCCUCGAAAUACCUCAAACGAUCCCGCAACUGGCGCAACCACUGGAACCCCAACGCCACCAGCCAGGGCCACAGCGGCUUCGUGGCCCCCCGCCUCGCAAAUGGGUCUUUCAUAGAGCAAGACCCACUUAGCUGCGGCGGCUGCUACUGGGGCGACGCAUACUACCAGGGCCUGCCGUGGGAGUACUCGAUGAACGCGCACCACGACGUGGAUACCCUCAUCCAGUACGUCGGCGGCGAGGACCGCUUCGUGGACCGCCUCGACCUAAUGUUCCAAACCGGCAUCAUCAGUGCUGGGACCAUCUUCAAUGCAGCCAACGAGCCGAGCUUUACAACGCCGUACCUCUACAACUUCGUCGGCCGGCAGGACCUAGCCGUCAAGCGCUCCCGUACGGUAGCGAAGACAUAUUACAACACCGGCACGGGCGGCAUUCCGGGAAAUAGCGACGCAGGCGCCAUGCAGACGUGGAUCCUGUGGAACAUGAUCGGACUAUACCCUUUGACUGGCCAAACAACAUUCCUGAUCGGCUCGCCGUGGCUCUCAGACAUGGAGAUCGACCUAGGCACAGGGAACAUCCUCAACAUCACCUCGACCGGUGGCAACAGCGACGACGCGUACUACGUGCAGAGCCUCAAAGUCAACGGCAAGAGCUGGGACAAGGCAUGGGUCACGUGGGACGACGUCUUCGCGGACGGCGGCUCGCUGGAGUUCGAGCUGGGCGAAGACCCGGUGCUGUGGGCAACUGGGCCUGCACCGCCCAGCCCGGCGUCGGAGGCACAAUAGGAUGAGGCGCCUUCGUCAGCGUAUCCAACACCCAGCGUAGAACUACCGACGACGGCGGCGGUAUCGCCGGAGGAGGCGUUGAGGCUUAUGGGGGAACCUGGUGUGAAGCGGAGGCGGAGCAUUAUUAUGAUUGCAGUGGGCGUGGUGGGUAUUUGGACUGGCGUGGUGCUUGCGGGCGCUCUUGCGUGGAGGGCCAAGACUUGAAUGAAGUCUUCGUAGAGCUACCCUUGUAAAGCGUGCUGAAUUACUCGCUUCCUACUCCAGUAAAGCACUAAUACCCUAGAAUAGUCUUAGUCUUGCAUACAUAGCUAGCAACUCGUACGUUCCGAG